AUGAACAAUCUUCUAUUCCCAGGCCAAGGGAAUGCUUAAUCGUUCAGUAGAUAAGCUUCUCCUUAUAAAGGCAUAAGCAGAGCUGGCAGAGAUGAUUAGUAUUAGCAGGACAAUGACCCCAACAGACUGAUGUUGAGGGAAACUGGCGCUGGAGUCGGUGCUGAAACCAUGCAGAAAGCGCUUUCUAAGGAUCGUGAAUACGAAAGAAUUCUCUCUCAACUCCGAACUGAGUUCUCUCGAAUUGAUAUCAACAGGGAUGGAACUAUCUCUAUUGAUGAAAUUAUCAGAUUCCUUAAUGAGCAAACUAAUGGCACUGUAGAUACUGGUAUUGCAGAGUAAAUAUUUGCUGAACUGGACGAUGAUGGCAGUGGCACCAUCAUGCUUGAAGAAUUUAUUCAAAACUACUUUGACAGACAGAAAAUCAUCAAGGAAAGAAUCACACAAAUUGAAGAAGACACCAAGGUGCAUUACGAGUCAAGGGAGAAGUUGAUAUAAAAGUUGAAGGAGCAGAGAAUGAAGGAAAGACUUAACGCAUACGGGAUUGACGAUGAUGCGAUUUUGAGUGUUAGAAUUAUUGAAGCUAGAGAUCUCACACCAAUGGAUAUAACUGGUAAGGCAGAUCCAUACUGCGUAUUGAAGUUAGGCGGUUAGACUUAAAAGUCAAACUUCAUCAAGCAGGAACUAAAUCCAGUCUGGAACGAAGUAUUCACUUUUGAUGUUGAUACUGGCAAGGAAAUUAUGGAGAUUGAAGUCUAUGAUAAAGAUGACUUCGGCACUGAUGACUUUGAAGGCCAGCUCUCCUUCGAUUUAGUCGAUUUCGUAGAUCAAGCUCCACACGAUCUGUGGUUUGAGUUGUCUGGCAAAAACCCAAACCAAAAAUGGCAAGGCAAAAUCAGACUUGUGAUUCAAUAUGUGUUCUCAAAGACAAAGAUGCUUACUGGAUACAUCAAUAUGUGGAGUGAACAGAUUGAAAAUUCCGAGGCAGAGCUCAAAGAAUUAAGAGCCAUCCUCAAACACAUGGAGUCUCCAUUCGGCUUCAUUUAGGGUUUCCACAUGAAGCCUGAGGUUGGUAAAGGUGCUUAAGAAGGCGAGGAUGGCAAGCAAGAGCCAGUGUAUGAUCUUCCUCCCUAAAUGGUCUAGAGAAUAGAAAAACUAGAAUAGCAUGAGAAGGCUCUUGAAGCUAGAAUUGAUUUAGUCGCAAAUACUUUUGCUUAGAGAGCAGGAUACAAUUCAGUGCCAUGGUUUAGUCUUACUUGGUACUUGCUAUGGCUCUAUACAGCCAUCACUUGCCUAGUUAUGUUUAUGAGACCAGAUUACUUCAACCUAACUAUCUGCACCACAGCUUUAUACAUGAUGUUCAACACUGAUAGAAUCACUAAGCUUAGAUUCAAAAUGCUAACUUUUGGUAUCUUCAUUACCAUCAUCUAUGAUCUUAUCUGGUUCUUCUUGAAGCAUGGCGAGUACUCUGAAGAGCCUAAGACUGAUGGAAGUGGCGAGAUCAGAAUCAGAAGGUUCUCCCUUAUGAUGUCAUAUGCCUCCUUCCUCCUCAGAUUCUUUGUUGCACUAGUAUUCUGGAAAGAUUCCCUAGAUUUCGCAAAGAUCAUCUAGAAUAAAGAAGAUGUUGAGGUCAAAUAAGAGAAGAAGGACACCGGCCCCAAGAACAAGGGCAUCUUUCUUCGUAGUCAAAUCCGAUGA